AUGAAAAACACUGCGACUAGCAAGAAACGUCAAGGAGAUUCCAAGGCCCAAGCUCGUCAGAAGGUGCGGGAAACAUGGCGACUUUGUGCCUUUUGUUUAGGCACGGAGGAGCAGAAUCGACACACGAACCAAUCGGAGCCUCUCGUCGAGUGUAGUGAGUGUCACAGCUGCGGGCAUCCAACAUGCAUGGACUGGGAUCGAGAAGGCAAAAAAUACGCCAUUGUACGCUCGUAUAAAUGGCACUGUAUGGAAUGCAAGACAUGCGAACGGUGCCAUGGCAAGGAGAAUGACGAUCAAAUUAUAUUUUGCGAUCGAUGUGAUCGGGGUUGGCAUAUCUAUUGCCUGCGACCUGCUCUCAGUAAACUACCUAAGGGUACGUGGUUCUGUCCCCUGUGUAAACCAGUGGAAAAACAUGUGCCUGCCUCACCGGCCCCCCAGUCUCGCGCACCUUUACCAAAGCGUAAAAUUGAGUCGGCUGCUCCCCACAGAAAAGUCAUUCGAAUAAAACGAUCCAGCGCAGGGGAAAACGAAAAGGCAUCACAGACCACCUCAUGUGCUGAUGAUGCGCCUUUUAGUGGCCUGUUACAAGGUGAUGACGCUGAAACCAAGAUGAAUGAACCAAAUAAAGAUGAUAUGGAGCGAUUCGAGCGCAGUAAACGCGCGGCUAUGAACUGGUUGGGUGGUUCUUUAAAUGAACAACUUCCAAAUUCAAAGCAUGUGUCUGGCGUCGAUACCGUUUCCACUAACGCCAAUGCUGCCCACACUGGUAAAGCCUUGCCUAUAUCCAUGAUCCGGUUUGGAGCCUUUGAUAUUAACACUUGGUUCCAAGCGCCAUUCCCUGAAGAAUAUAGUCUUGUGCCUGAUGGACGCUUGUGGAUGUGUGAGUUCUGCCUCAAGUACAUGAAAAGUCGAUUUAUGGUGACGCGACAUCGCAUGAAAUGCAUGAUGCAGUUUCCUCCAGGUCAAGAGAUUUAUCGUGCUGGCAACAUUUCGGUAUUUGAAGUUGACGGAAGCAAAAAUAAAAUCUACUGCCAGAAUUUGUGCUUGCUUGCCAAAUUGUUUCUCGACCACAAGACACUGUACUAUGAUGUUGAACCUUUUCUGUUCUACGUGUUUGUGGAGAGCGAUGCAUAUGGUUCGCACUUCGUCGGGUACUUUAGCAAAGAAAAGCGUUCGCCCAUGGACUAUAAUGUUAGCUGCAUCAUGACCCUUCCCAUUCAUCAACGCCGAGGAUGGGGCUAUUUUUUUAUCGAGAUGAGCUACUUGCUUUCACGGAAAGAAAAGCGCCGGGGUUCUCCAGAAAGGCCGCUCUCUGAUCUUGGUUUCCUAACAUACCGCAGCUACUGGCGCUUGGCUGUUUUUCGUGUACUUGAUGCUGACCCAGUAUGCUCACUUGAGGACAUUUGUUCUCGCACAGGCAUGAAGAUGGAUGAUGUCCUCUAUACCCUUCAAGACAACAAUAUGUUGGAGGUAUUCCACAAUGAAGCAUCGACUGGUCGACUUCCCACCGAAUAUGAAGCCUCUAAAUUUGCCGACGAAAAAAAGGUCCCUCCAAAUGAUUAUCGUAUUGUGUGUGACUCGGAGCACAUACGCGCAAGCCUAGCAAAACACGAUGCGAAAAAUUACGUGCGUGUGGAUCCCACAAAAUUACGAUGGACGCCUUUUAUACAUAAGCGCACUGGACUUGAACCCAUAACAUCGAACGAAGUGCCGGGAUAA